GCAUAUUCUAUCACUGCUUAUUGAUUCAUGUUGCGGUCUACCACUUCCUCCUGACUGUUGCCUGCCUGGCCAUAAGAUAUCUACUUCCAGCGCUACUGUUCGGUGCGCUUUUCGCUGUUGUCCGCUAUCUCUCGCCCGAAAACAAUCACAGCCUCGACCGGCUGUGGACAUACGCAGACCUACUUUGUCAGCAUUUAGUCUCAACGAAGCACAAUGUCAUCGACGUGAAGUGACAAUUCUCACUGUACAAGACAGCGAGCAAGGGGACCUUGCCCACAGCCAGGUCACAGCAUUCAUAGUCAGGGUCGCCAUUGUAUUGCCUAGUCACCGUCCUCUUGCAGCCUCCACCCUACUCCCAGUUGCCUCUAGCUCACUCCCAGCUCUCGAGGAAGAAGUAUAUGCGCCUCCCUUCCUGCCUUCUGAAACCCGUUACUUGCGCCUCCAUUUCAAGCUCGAGAACCUUCAGGCACAGAGCCAGAAUGGCACAGACACUCCCACCCCUCCCUGACUGGGAGCAGGUCAGCACCAACGUCGUCCGUAUCCUUGGUGGUAAUCCAAGUAAAUUCACGCUCCAAGGCACAAAUACAUACCUCCUCGGCCGCGGCGCGGACCGCCUCCUCGUCGACACCGGCCAAGGCGAGAAGCGCUGGCUCGACACCCUCUCGACCGUCCUGCACGAUCAGAACGCGACUGUGUCAACAUGCCUCCUGACGCACUGGCAUCACGAUCAUGUCGCUGGGGUGAAGGACCUCGAAAAGAUGUCUUCUGACGUUAAAGUCUACAAAAACAAACCUGCCCUGAACCCCGACGGGCUCCUCGACCCCGAUCGCGUCCACGACAUCAGUGACGGUCAACACUUUAGUGUCAGCACACCAGAAGGAGCAUUCGAAGUCGAAGCUGUACACACCCCGGGCCACGCCAAGGACCACAUGUGUUUCCUGGUUACAUCCUCUCCUGAUCCAACCGAGAUCGGCGCACUCUUUACGGCGGACAAUGUCCUCGGCCACGGGACGGCCGUGUUCGAAGAUCUGGCCACGUACCUCGAGAGCCUGAAUUUGAUGAAGCGUCGUGUCAGCGAAACGGUCUCCGCGCUUACCUCGAAGACGAGCGCGAGCGAGGAGGCCGGUCACACACGAAAAGCGUACCCCGGCCACGGCGCUGUCAUCGACGAUGUCACGGGCAAGAUCGAUGAGUAUAUAUCACACCGCCGGAUGCGCGAGGAAGAAGCACUCAACGUGCUGCGGUACGGGAGUGUGAAGCGUCCGGGCACCAAGGAGGGCGUUGUCCAUGAUUCGAUCACGACAAUGGGCGAGAGCGACAGUGAAGCCGAGACGAUCUCGGUGGGUAAGGAGGUCGUGUCAGGCAAAGAGUGGGAGAGUAUGGAAAUGGUGAGGAUCAUAUACCGGCAUUACCCAGAAAACUUGUACCAGCCUGCCGAGUAUGGACUUUUGAUGGUGCUGGAAAAACUGCGGAAGGAUGGUAAGGUUGUUAAAACCGACGCAGGGAAGUGGAAGAUUAGGGAGAUGGCCACGUUAUAGAAUGAGAGCAGGAUAGAAACUAAACUGCAUCGACGCAAGCAGACCGAGUAGAGAAGAGUUUGAGAGCGGGAGCAUUUUCUGCACUAGUGUUAUACCAG